AUGAAAGGGGGUACGGCUAAAGAGCCACUUCUUUCUUCACAAGAUCUGCCCACGAUCGAAAUUUCACGGUUGUUGCUCACGACACAUUACGAGUACUGCAAGCAAGGGGAGAAUAGUAUUGAGUGUGAUGUCCUACGUAGAACGUUUGGAGGACACCGAAAAGCUCACCGUAAUGGUAUAAAGAAGCCGAAGAAGCAGAGAUUUAUGUCGAUGAAAGGGGUCGAUCCGAAAUUCCUCAAAAACUUACGUUUCGCAAAGAAGCACAAUAAACGACAUGUUAAGAAGGAAUCGAAAGCUUAA